GUGGGAAGCCAACCAAAUACACACAUGGAAGGCGUGCUUUCGACCACAGACACUGACCAUAGAACACUAGAUAAGGUUUAAACCGAGCAAUCUGCAGCUCUGAAAUGGCGAAGCUUCCCAGCUCAAUCUCGAAGCUUCUAAAUCCCCCCCUCUCUACUGACCACCGACUUAAAAUUGGAAGAAGCGUACGCUGCCAGACUUCCAGAAUCACAUCGCAGAUUCAGGUGUCGAAGAAUAGGGAGUCAAAGGUGGGUCGAGCAUCCCGGCCUCUGAUCGCAAUAUCAACAUCUGGUGGGAAAUGGCAGCAGCAAUGGAGCUGCGAAUACAUGUUUACGCUUCGACAGCUUCACUUGGCUGACCUUGCAGAAGAGGGGUAUGAGGAUUCCAUGGCCUUCGUAAAACUCUCCAUUCAAGAGCAUUCUAGCUUUGGCCUUUCUAUUGUUGGAAGAAUUCACACAUCCUUCAACCGAAAAUGUAGUUGUUGUUUCUCAUCUUAUUGCAGAGAGAUUGAUACCACAUUUGACGUCUGGGUCUUACCUUCAAGCAAGAACAGUGAGUUUGAGCUACCUGAAAUUGAUGGAACUGACCCUUCAGUCAUAUAUGUAAAACCUGGAUCAGAAGCUGUUCUUGAUUCAAUAGUUCAGGAGACGCUGCGAUUGACAACCUCAGCAAAGGACACCUGCUCACAAUCAUGUGAAAAGCCCGCGAUCUUAUGGCAGUCUAGUGACGAGAAGAAUGAAUAUGACAGAAGAUGGUAUCGACUUCUGGCAAUGAAGGAUUCCAUGUAGAUUCUAGACCAUGCUCAACUUCAUCAACCUAAUCGUUAAAUUGGUCGGCAACAUGAAAUGAGUUUCUCAUCGGAAAACCGAUCAAGAAUGUUCUUGUUCAAAUCAACAUGAUGCUCUUGUAACUAGUUAUGGAAAGCUAGCUCUAAAUUACUUGUUCACCUAUCAUAUCAAUGGGCCAAUUGGUUGAAUUA